AUGACAGUUGAGGCAAACAAUUUUGUACAAACCUCCAUUCCCAAAUUUGAUGGGGACUAUGAUCAUUGGAGUCUUCUCAUGGAAAAUCUCUUGAGGUCGAAAAAGUAUUGGAACGUGGUAGAAUUAGGUUACAAAGGGCAUGAGGAGGAAGAAAGUCUAUCAGCGAUGCAAAAGAAAACAUUAGACGAGAUGCGACUGAAGGAUUUAAAGGCUAAAAACUAUAUUUUUCAAGCUAUUGACAAAUCUAUUUUGAAAAUCAUCAUUCAGAAGGAGACUUCCAAACAACUCUGGGAUUCAAUGAAAAUCAAAUGUCAAGGAAAUGCAAGGGUGCAACGUGCUCAACUUCAAAGACUCGGAAGGGCCUUUGAGCUUUUGGAGAUGAAGGUGGGAGAGACGGUGAACGACUAUAUCGCAAGAGUCAUGGUGGUGGCCGUUGACAUGAGAAAUUAUCGAGAAGACAUGACGAAUACAACAAUUGUUGAAAAGAUUAUACGAACUCUCACGGAGAACUACGAAUACAUUGUGUGUUCCAUCGAAGAAGCACACGACAUCGACAACCUUACGUUGAUGCACUCCAAAGUUCCUUACUUGUUCAUGAACAAAAACUAUUAUGGAGAAAAGGAGGGGAUGAACAAACAUUGA